AAACCGAACACGCGACUAUGGCAUAACAUAAAAGGUUGAGUUUGUCUUCUCUCUCUCUCCUCUCUGUGCUAAAUAAACACCAACCUCAGUUGCGGUUAAUCGAACCGUUUGAUUAGUUGAGGUCAUGGCGUUUUGGCACCGAAUCGGAAAGGCGAAGCUCAGAACCCUCUGCACCCAAUUCCAACGAUCUUACAUUCAUCUUCACCAUGCUUCUGCCCCCAAACCCUGCCAUAUGGACAUUCCACGGCCGAAUUCUGUGUUUCAUGCCAGACCCCCAAGCGUUUUCAGUACGGUGAGGUUCUUCGCUGCCCCUGUUCAGUUUCAGGUAAAGCACAAGAACGAGGAGGAUGAUCCAAGUGAGCAACGGUUGAAUGAGAAAAUCAAAGCUCCAUAUGUCAGGCUUGUUGUGGGUGAUGACCAUUCAAUAGUACCAAGGUUUGAAGCAUUGCAACGUGCCAAGGCGCUUAAACUUGAUUUAGUUGAGGUUGAUAAAAGUGCUAAGCCUCCUGUCUGUAAAAUUAUGAACUUCAACCAAGAAAAGUAUAAGCGACAUGUAUUGGAAAAGGAGCGUGCUAAAAGCAGGGCUGACAAGACACUAAAAAAGGAUGUUAAAGAAGUGCGAUUUUCUGAAAAAAUUGGAGCACAAGACCUAAAGAACAAAGCAGAUACGGUUAGAAAGUUAAUGGAGAAGGGUUAUCGAGUGAAGUGCAAGGUAUCAUCAAGCAAAGAAGAUCAGGACUUGGCAGCAUUAUUUUCUCCUUUCCUUGCUCUGCUGGGAGAUGCGUGCAUUGUGGAAAGUGGACCAUUUAUGGCAAAAAAAGAUGCAUAUAUGAUAGUCAGACACAUUAAGUAUGGGGUAGCCAAGAAAAGUGGGAAAAAAUUUUCUAAUGCAGCAAAUAUAGAGACUUCAACAGCCAAUCCUAGUGAUUCUGUUGAAUAUGAGAGUCAUGCAGAAUCGAACAUGACUUAUUCUCCUGACUAUCAAACAAAUGCUGAUGCAGAAUCAGCCUUUCUGUCAAGAAGUAAUGAUCCUAUAUCUCCUCCUGUUUCUGAAAACAGGUAUAGGAGAACUAAACCUCAAGGUGAAAAUAACGACCAAUCUAAUGCACAAGUUUCUCCUGCUGAGACUGAGAAUAGAUACAAAAGAGUAGAGCCAAGAAACAGAUUCCAGCAAACAUCAAAUAACAUGAACAACUACCAAGGUCCAGGAACAAGAGAUGCAUUCAGGCCGCCCCCGCCGAAUCAGAAUUGGCCAAGGCAAGCUCAGGGGAAUGUUAAUGUUGAUACCAGAAUAGAAAAUAACAGGCAAGCUUUCACUCCUCCUGGUUAUGGAAAUUUUAGAGGUCCAAAUGGGGGAAUCCCUAAGCAUGCUGGUGCUCCCAAUAGCCCAAGACCCAGUUAUGGCAAUUUCAGUGCUUCAAAUGAUGGCCUCCCCAGGCAUCCCAAUGCUCCUGAUACUCGGAAGACCUUCUAGUUAUGGCAUAUCUAGUCCUCCAAAAUGCCCUCAAACACAAGGUGUAUCAAAGUCAAUAGCAUUCAACACAUAAGGGAUGUUAGCAACUCAAAUAGAGGAGGGUUGUAUCAAGGCUGACCUACAUAGGAUGGUUCAUAUAUUUGGUGCAGUGACACAUUACACUCUUUAGAAACAUGAAGCAAUGGGUGACAUCCUUCACCCCACAGUGCUUGCAGCUGUAUUUUAUUUACCAUAGAUGACCCAUGAAAAGGUCUAUUUGGUGGGAGUUUUGCAUCAUCUGAUGUUGGUAGUUUCAGAAUGGAAGAACAAUUUUGGAUUUGUUUAUUUAUCUAACGGUAGAGACGUGGAAUUUUCUAACUAUCCACUCAUAACUGAAAGUUUUGAUCUGUUUGUCUUUUCAUCUAUCAUUGUUUAAUAAUCAUUUAUUCCUAUGAUCGAUGUUAUGAACA